GUUCGGUUCUUGAUAAUCCAAUUCUCCGAGCAAUAGUCCAUAGAGCCUCUUCAGCCGCGGUAGACUAGCUUGGGUAGUUCAUGACUGCCCCUUACUUUUUCCAAUCCCGAACAGUUAAGUUCUCCUCGAUUCGGUUGAAAUAUAUUGUCUCUUAGCAAAAUCACUUAAUUCGAAGUUGUUGAGAGCUGUUGAACCUUCUACGAUAGCUGACCCAUCCCCAACAUAUCUCUUACUAUUGGCCUUCGGUUCUUCGUAUAACUACUGUAACCAAUUUGUCAGAUAACGCCGUAAAUUAAAGAGUUUUCCAUCCUUGGAGGCGUCAUAUCCGUCAUUAAUCAUGAUUAUUCCUUCACCAAAUACCGGCACCAUGGUUUCCUCAGCUACCUCUUCUGCCACUUAUUUGCAACCGUCCAUGAUAAGUCCUUCACUUAUUUCGCCGUCUAUUUUCAGUUCCACGCAUUCUGAAGCAAGCUUCACGAAUGAUUACGAGGCAGUGAGGGUCACAGAAGACGACUUCAACAGGGCUGAGGUUCUUAUGGGAGAGCACUGCAUCACCGCAAACAAAUCGCGAAGGCCCGGACAAAAAGAAGCUACCGCGGUACUUGCGAGCGUUAUCCAUGGAAAAGUUCCUUGCGCAAGCUCAGGCUUGGUUGAGGCAUUACUGGAAUACGGAGCCGAAGUUUGUUUCGAGCGACGCAAGAGUACCAAUAUCCUCAAGAUGGUCAUGAGCAAGGACCAAGAGGACAUCCGUAGCGACAUAUUUGCGGAAGCGACACGGUCCUGCCACGAAAAUAUCCUACUUCUCCUCGCCCAGCAUGCCGAUGAUACAGCUUUGGCCAGUGCAUUACCUAUUGCCAUCGCUCAAAACAACUUGAACAAAGUUACAAUUUUGAUGGCCCGGGGUGCUGAUGCAUCCCCUCUGUGCAGCGAGUUCCUUGACGCCAUCCGUCGGGAUUCAAAGGUCGUUAGUGCUUUGUUACAGCGAGAGAGAGGCGUAUGCCAGGAUUCCAGAGACAAAGGCCUCGUUCUAGCUGCAUCGCUAGGAUAUGCCAGAACAGUCCAAAUACUGUUAGAUGGGGGUGCAAAUGUGACACAUGGCCAACCAUCCGCGCUCAUCACUGCUAUACGUAAUGGUAAAGAAGAUGUUGUUGCAGUUAUUGCGUCUCACAGAGAAAUGAGACAACAUGUGGACCUGCUAGACUUCGCCGUAGGCGAGGCGUACUCUCACAAACAACUCAGAUGCUUAGAAGCAUGUCUGCAAGCAGGAGCGAAAGGCUCAAUCACGGACAAGACUCUGCUCUACGCAAUUAGCCACCAGCAAUAUGAAUUAGUAGAUUCCCUAGUCAGCCACCACUCUUCUGUCGAUCACCACGGCGGAGCCGCUGUUGUGUCAGCAUUCAAAAGCGGACAGCCGAACCUGUUACAGACUGUACUUUUGGGUAAACCAUCAAAUUUGAGUAUGAUGGCUGCGAUUGCUCAAACGGCGAGUCUACGCGAUAUCUGUCUAGCGCAUCGGAUGGUUGAGCUUCUGUUCUCCACUGGGCUGCAGGGGGACCUCAGUGAGAUACUGAUACACGUUCUUGAUGAUAAAAUGAUGGUUGGCGACGAACAAGCUCGGUAUGCCCUGACCCGAAUCUUGUUGCAAGGCGGCAAGGUGGAUGUCAAUUUGCAGGAAGGUCGUUGCCUCACCCUGGCUGUUGAUCAGGGGUGGAUCACUAUUUUCAAUCUGCUUCUUCAAUACCAGCCAUCUUUUAAAUCGCUGGUAGUGGUUCUCGAUCAUGCGAUGAGAAUGCCACACCCAGAAUUGAGGAAACAAAUCGUUUCUAGGAUAGUGGAGGCCACAUCGACGGAUCCAGCAAUCGCCGAGGACUUGAAAGCCGCUGGUGUUAUAUCUGCUGCAAAGUCUAUCUGUCUCGAUAUCCUCAAGUAUCUAGCUCAAUUUCAGCUUUCAACGGCAGUUAUCUCUCGAGGAUUUGCUGAAAUGCUUGCAGCAGGGGAGCAGUGGCUUACACCCUCAGGUCUUGAAAUGGUCCAAUUUUUUCUUGAUCAAGACAUACCUAGCUCUUCAAUUACGGACGCUUUCUGCCAAGCUGCUCGGCUGUUCAACCGUGAUGCGUGCGAGCUAUUAUCCAAUUCUACCAACGUUGCAGCCCCAAACAAGGCAAUGGAGAGUGUGACAAACCACUCACAGGAGUGGCACACCCUGGACGACCGCAAUGGUUGGAUUGUGUCAAUGCUGCUAGAAAUGGGUGCCAGUGGUGAGCCAGUGAACCUGGCGUUUCUCAAAGUAACCAGUGCUUUCGCACAAGGGUUAGCAUCUGAAACCCUCCUUGACGAAUUCUUGUAUGCCGCUUCAACGGAUGUCAACUUCAAGCUUGGAGAAACACUGAAGAUAGCUGUCAGAGCUGGUAACACCUCACUCCUCAAGAAAUUGGUCAAAUCUCGUGUUAGCAAGGAGACUAUGACGCAAGCCUUUGCCGAGGUCAUUAGCACCCCGUUAGCAGAGGACGUGGCACUCGCUCUCAUUAAAGUCCUUAAUGCAGAUUGCAUCCCGGAAAACUGUCGGCCUGAUUACAGGACUACUAUUUAUGGCCGAUAUCCACCGAUCGUCGACUGUCUCGCAACGUAUCCCGAAUCUCCUAAGCUGGUCAAGCGUUUAGUGGAGCUAGGGUGCGCUUUGGACACUAGAUUUGAGGCGACGCUAUAUGAGAAUACAUCUGAGCUAGCCACUGCGUUGACGUGGGCUAUGGUGCCAUCAGAAGGCAAGCAGCCGGUGUCAGACGCUGUUAUACAGGUUCUAAUCGACGCAAAUAAAGCUUGGUCAUCCGCGCUUUUCUACGCUUCUCGGGAAGGCGAUCUCACUGCUGUAAAGUCUCUGCUGAAAGUAAAAUUCAAGCUGAAUGACGGAAGCCUCCACGAAGCAGCCAGGAACCUGCAUCAGGAUACUGUUGCUGCCCUUGUCAAAGCAAAGCACGACGUAAAUUUUCCCAGUAGCAGACGAGAACAUGACGGUCGGACGCCUCUUCAAGAACUAGCAUACAUGUGUGAUGGAAACCGAAGUCUCGCAGACAUAGAGCAGACUAUUUCGGCUCUUGAGGUGGGAAAGACUGACCCUCUCGCAAAGUGGCAGGGCAAGAACCCUCUGUUUCUUGCUCUUGACCAUCCUCAGCCGUAUAAUGUCACCCACGCUCUCCUGGAUACGGUCAUGUGGCGGGUUAUUAAUGAUAAUAACAAUCUCUUCGAGCACUACUCGGAGCAAGGAACAAAGCUUUCUAUGUCGCCUACCAUCUACCUAAGUAUAUGCUGUCGAAACAGUAAUUCAUCUAGAAGUGUAUCCCUUCAACACCUCCUACGAACAAAGCAUUGCGUUGAUCGCUAUUUCGCGGAUUCUGGAACCCAACAGCCACCUGGCGCUGUUGGGCUUCCAGAUAAUAUCGCUAAAGAAGAGAAGAAGCGACGAGAGGAGAGCGAUAAAUGGCAAAGCCGCGAAUUCGAGCACAAGGAGAAGAUGCGACGCGAGUGGGAAGACGCACAGCUCAAAACGACUAUUGACCGGUCCAAGCACAAUGAGUGGCAACAGCAUGAGCACGAGAAGACGGCACAAAAAGUAAACCAGUCACAGUUUAUACAUCAAACCCAGAUCCACCAGAAGACACAAGUGACCAUACAACAACAAGAAGCUAUAGCACAGAAAAGUGCCGCGGCCGAACAGUCUCAGUGGCGCGAGCGGCAGCAGAAGCUUCAUGCCCAACAGCAGGAUAUUACAAUGCAGAGGAAUAAGCAACUAAUGACGGAGGAGGCUACUCGGCAGCGUUUGCUCUUGGAGAAAAGGUCGCACGCGCAGAAGCUAGCAUAUCAGAGGUCGAUGCAGCGAAUAAAGGGACAGUAG